GUUGAUUCUUCAUCUCACUGAAACCAUUAGGAAAAAUCCUUGUGGUUAACAGCAGAGGCUUCAGAGUGUAACCUGUACUCGGGCCUAGAAAUUAUUUUAAAUGGCGACUGAUACGUCUCAAGGUGAACUCGUCCAUCCUAAGGCACUCCCACUUAUAGUAGGAGCUCAGCUGAUCCACGCGGACAAGUUAGGUGAGAAGGUAGAAGAUAGCACCAUGCCAAUUCGCCGAGCUGUGAAUUCUACCCGGGAAACUCCGCCCAAAAGCAAACUUGCUGAAGGGGAGGAAGAAAAGCCAGAACCAGAUGGAAGUUCAGAGGAAUCUAUCUCCACUGUAGAAGAACAAGAGAAUGAAACCCCACCUGCUACAUCUAGUGAAGCAGAACAGCCCAAGGGAGAACCUGAGACUGAAGAGAAGGAAGAAAAUAAACCUUCUGAGGAAACCAAAAAGGAGGAGAAAGAUCAAUCUAAGGAAAAGGAGAAGAAAGUGAAAAAAACGAUACCUUCCUGGGCUACUCUUUCUGCCAGCCAGCUAGCCAGGGCCCAGAAACAAACACCAAUGGCUUCCUCACCACGUCCCAAGAUGGAUGCAAUUCUAACUGAGGCCAUUAAGGCAUGCUUCCAGAAGAGUGGUGCAUCAGUGGUUGCUAUUCGAAAAUACAUCAUCCAUAAGUAUCCUUCUUUGGAGUUGGAGAGAAGGGGUUAUCUCCUUAAACAAGCACUGAAAAGAGAAUUAAAUAGAGGAGUCAUCAAACAGGUAAAAGGAAAAGGUGCAUCUGGAAGUUUUGUCGUGGUCCAGAAAUCAAGAAAAACAUCUCAGAAAUCCAGAAACAGAAAGAAGAGAAGCUCUGCAAUGAAUCCAGAACCACAAGUAAAAUUGGAGGAUAUCCUUCCACUGGCCUUUACUCGUCUUUGUGAACCUAAAGAAGCUUCCUAUAGUCUUAUUAGGAAAUAUGUGUCUCAGUAUUACCCUAAGCUCAGAGUGGAUAUCAGGGUUUGA